AUGCUCACCAAGACAAUCGCAACGGCCGUCCUGGGUCUCGCGUCCCUGGUUUCCGCCGCUAAAAACUGCCCCGUCGCCGAUGUUUCCGCGAUUGCCCACACCGGCAACCCGGUCGGCGAGACGGUCUCCUACAACGGACUCGAUAUCUACGUCUCCAAGCCCAAGAAAUGGAGCGCGCGGGGUAACAAGACCACCACGGGUGUUCUCUACCUCACGGACGUCUUCGGCGUCCAGCUCGUCCAGAACACGCUUCUGACCGACAGCUUCGCGAGAGCCGGAUACCCAUCCGUUGCGCCCGACCUCUUCGGCGGAAACCCUGCGCCCAACGACAUCAACAUCCCCGGUUUCAACACCACUCAAUUCCUCGCCCAACACGGCCCCAACGUGACUGACCCGAUCAUCGCCAACGCCGUCAAGUACCUGCGUGAAGAGAUCGGCGUCGACAAGGUCGCAGUCACUGGAUACUGCUUCGGCGGCCGCUACGCCUUCCGCGAGCUUUCGGAGGGCAAGGGCGCAGAUGUCGCUUUUGCUGCGCACCCCAGCUUGUUGACCGAUGACGAGAUCAAGGCCAUCACGGGUCCCGCCAGUGUUGCUGCUGCCGAAACCGACAACAUGAUGUCUCCCGCUCGUCGCGCCGAGAUCGAGGCGCUUCUUUCCCAGACCGGUCAGCCGUUCUCGGUUGCGUUGUACGGUGGUACCUCGCAUGGAUUCGGUGUCCGGGCGAACGUCUCCGACCCGAAGCAGAAGUAUGGCAAAGAGGAGGCCUUCUUCCAAGCCGUUCGCUUCUUCGACACCUGGGCUUAG